AAAUAUAAUAUUAAUUUAAGUUGUGGGAUUUCAUCUUUUUUUCAAAGUCAUGUCGCUCAGUUAGAAAACUGAACGCUUUUCAUCUGUGGCAGUGCUGCCACCUGCUGACUCAUGCUUUCAAUAGAUGUUUUUUUUAAAGAAACCCCAACACUGUACACCACAUUGAUGUCAUAUUUAAUCAUCUCUUCGUUAAACUGCAAGUUUGUCAUCGACGAUGCUCAAAGGGGUGAGAGGGCUAGCUCCGCCCACCGUAGUGACCGUCAACACACAUCGAAGCGUGUCGGGAGUUAAAGGGAAUGUGACGACUGCAAGGGGGAAGUUUGAGUAUCCCGUUUGAGCUGUGGUUAUUGUCACAUAGGUGCGUUUGUUUUAUGGGACCCUGACCAAAGGCAGACGGGUGGGGAUUGUCUGGAUCAUGUUGGAGCUUCACUUGUUGGCCACGCCUCCGCAUGAGUUUGAGGAGUGACUGGACUGUCUCAUGAAGACUGCCGAGUCCUGAGUCAUUGUUCAACAUCAUCAUCAUCAUCAUCAUUGUCUCAGCAUGUCCCAAACCAGCUCGCCUCCUGGAGCGACGCACGUCUCCACAGAACUUCCUGUAACGGCGGCCACAGAAGGGUCAGAGGCCCAUCUCACGGGUAGCGACAACACCCCCAUCAGCAUUCUGAAGGAGGCAGAUCCAACAGAGUCAUCACAAAAUGGACCUAUAGACGCUAACAAGAUGGAAGAAGAGCUAAGAGGUGGUGUGGCCACAGCGGGAGAGCCAGGUCAGGACGCGGACAUGGUUGAGAGUUCUUCCAUGGCGACCGCCAACAGUUCAGAUGAGCCGCGGGAAUCCAGCGACUCGGCAUCGUUCUCCAUUCCCAGUCUGGAUCUGUCGGACGGGCUGGCGGCCGCAGGAAGCUCUCAAGAUGUGGACGACAUCCUGUCGUCGUCCUACUCUGCCUUGGGUGCAGAGGGUUGCUCUCCGUCCAAUGAGGUGGCCAGCCUGAAGGAGGACGAGCUCUCAGGCGGCGCCGCUCCCACAGCCGCCGUGUCCACUGAGGCAGGCCCAUCCACGCCGGCAUAUUACCUGGUGAAGUGGAUCACCUGGAAGGGGAAGAAGACGCCCAUCAUCACUCAGAGCGAGAAUGGACCCUGCCCCUUGCUGGCCAUCAUGAACAUUCUCUUCCUGCGCUGGAAGGCCAAGCUUCCUGCUCACACUGAAGUGGUCACCACUGAGGACCUGAUGGCUCACCUGGGUGAGUGUGUGCUGUCAGUUUCACCGAGAGAAAAGACACGCGGCAUGGAGCUCAAUUUCCAGCAAAACAUGAGCGACGCCAUGGCGGUCCUGCCCAAACUGUCUACCGGUCUGGACGUGAAUGUUCGCUUCACGGGUGUGACGGACUUCGAGUACACCCCCGAGUGCAUCGUGUUCGACCUUCUGGACAUCCCGCUUUACCAUGGCUGGCUGGUGGACCCCCAGAGUCCCGAGAUGGCGUCUGCUGUGGGAAAACUGAGUUACAACCAGCUGGUGGAGAAGAUCAUUGACUACAAACACUCUAGUGACAGCAGUCAAGUCAGUGAAGGACUGGCGGCUGAGCACUUCCUGGAGACGACGGCGACGCAGCUGUCCUAUCACGGCCUGUGCGAGCUCAACACCGUGGCCAAAGAAGGAGAGAUGUGCGUCUUCUUCAGGAAUAACCACUUCAGUACCAUGAUCAAACACAAGGGUCAUUUGUACCUCCUGGUGACGGAUCAGGGCUUCCUGCGGGAGGAGGUGUUGGUGUGGGAGUCUCUGCACAACGUGGAAGGAGAUGGAAACUUCUGCGACUCCAACUUCCGACUGUGUCAUCCUCCUCAGAGAGCGUCGCCCCCUGCCAGCCUCCCCCCGUGUGACCAGCAGCAGCAGAGGCAGAUUGACCAGGACUACCUGGUCGCGGUGUCCCUUCAGCAGGAGGCCGGGGCCUCGGGGCCCCUCAGUGACCUGGAGUUGGCGCGGCAGCUCCAACAGGAGGAGUACCAACAGCAGGGCCCGCAGCAGGCGACCCCUCAGGUCAGAGGUCAGGGGUCACAGCAGGGAGGGGCCAGAAGAAGAGAGAAAGACUCAGACUGUGUCGUCCUGUAAUUCUCCAUCCUCGUCAUCAUCACUCGCUCACACACACACACACCGAUGCCAAACCUCAGUGCUUUGUCACAUUUCAUAACGACUACAUUAACGAGAUGUUCCUGCUCACGUCAUUAGCAUCAUUGUCAUCGUGUGUUGAAGAAGAUUACAAAUGUCAUUGUUAUGGUUUCAAGGUGGCCAAUAAAAGCGUUGAAAUAAA